AUGGGAAUAAGUACGGCCUUUCUUAUUCUGAUGGUAACGAUUAUGACUAGGUCCGAGGGUAAAUGUCCAGUAGAUUGUACGUGCCAGAUUGUGACUAACCGUAAGACGGUGGCCUGCAAUAAAGGAGGGAUGACUGAAAUCCCGAUAAACUACAUGGACUUAGAUACACAAGUUCUAAUAGUGACUUCUCCUCCAGAAAACCCCAACUUUUUGACCAUUGGCCGAAUCUUCCUGCAUUUCUCUUACUUGGAGGAAGUUUACCUCACUAACUCUCAUGUCCCAGCCAUAGGAGACAGUUCUUUUUGGCCUGGAAGACGAAUAAAGAUAUUGCAACUUAGUUCCAAUAAUAUCACCCUAUUACAUGACCAGGACUUUAACGGACUCACCAAUUUAGAGGUAUUAGAUAUAUCUGAUAACAAAAUCUUCGCCACUCCUUCUGCUCCUUUCAGAUUUCUUACGAACUUAAAGUCGUUGUCCUUAGCAAGGAAUCGCCUCAACAGGCUAGUUCCAAGGUUCUUUUACAUGCUUAAAAAGUUGGAAAAACUUGAUCUCAGUGGAAAUCCUUUGAAAGAAUUAGAUCCAGAAAAUCUCAAGGAUCUUCGUCCUCUUAAAGUCUUACGUUUGGCAGACUGUGAGUUAAUGUCCUUACACUCUCUGGUUUACCAACACCUUCCCAACAUUCAAGAACUUGAUCUUCGAAAUAAUAACUUCUUUUCUCUUGCUCCUGAAGAAUUCCGACACCUUAAAAGCCUCCAAAUUUUGCGUCUCGAUGGUAACGUUUUAAGUGAAAUCCGCGAAAAAACAUUUGGAGGCCAUAAAUUCAAAAUAUUAGGGUUAUCCAGAAACAAUAUCGUCAAGUUUCUGCCUUGUUCGUUUUGUAACACAAGCGUGAAAAAUUUAGACGUAAGUCAUAAUCGCUUGUCAUCUUUAACCACGGAUGUGCUGGCUAUGGUAAGUAACUCGCUGGAAACUUUUGAUUUGGGGUUUAAUCCCCUGGAUAUUUAUACUGUGCUUACUACCGUGAGUGUUUUAACUCGACUGACGAAUCUGUCGCUGGCUGGGAUGAAUAUCGAUAAGCUCCUUCCAGAUACAUUUAACAAAAAUCCAGAUUUACGAUACUUAAACUUGUCCCACAACAGUAUUCCAGGAAUCCCAGAUGAGUUUCUUCAGCCACUAGUUAACAUAGAAAUUCUUGAUCUUUCACACAAUAAGUUACAAGAACUGAGUUUCGAGAUAUUAUCAACUUUAAACAACACUCUAAGCCUACAGAAGUUUGUCCUUCAUUCCAAUACGUGGCGCUGUCUUGAGUGUAACGUAGGUCCACUUCUAGAAUAUUUCAACCAGUCUGACUUGUACGAAAAAAUCUGUCAGCAUAAAUCCGACUGUUUAAGAUGUACCACGCCUCUCAAGUUGUUUGGAAGAGGAUUGAUGAGCCUGCAUAAAGAAGAACUAGAACGGUGUGCUAUAUCCUUUCCCCAGUCGCACGUGGGAGCGAACGCCUCGAAAGUAGGAACAAUCACUGCUGUGGUAAUCAUAAUAAUUUUAGUACUCAUCAUUAUAUCAGCGAUUAUGAUCUACAAACGGCAAAGCGCCGAUUACUACACGUAUGAGCAAGAAAGGAUGGAGGUUACUGCCUACGAUAAUAUUGCAGUCGUCGAUAAAAAUGGAGGACUUCAAAUGGAUAUGAUCCAGGACAGCAUUUCGUCGUCCAAUACAAGAUGUGAAGAAACUAGAGCGAAACAUCAAGUGAACAGUAUCACAUGAUUCCUCUCUUCUUUUUGUUUUACACAGAGUACAGUGAUAUUUCCGCAUAGCUUGGAUUAUGAGGAGACAUAGUUCGUCAGUGUCUGUUUAUUGGCAACAAAAGGGAUAGUAGCGAAAGAAAAAAAACCUGUUUGACGGAGAAAAAAACAAAAAGAUAGCUAUAAAUUUUUUUUACCAGAUCAGCGAGUGAUUCACUGGUUAUAUCCGAUAUGGAUUUAAAAGUGCGAAGUACAGUAACUCAUAACGUAACCAGUCAAUUAAAUACU